CCGCCGCCGCCGCCGCCGCCGCUUCAGUUUGAGGCCGAGGCCGAGGCCGAGGCCCAGGCCCAGGCCCAGCUCCCGGGCCCGGGCGGCGGCUCCAGAUAAGAUGAGUCACUGGUGAUUGAGAGCCAAAUGGCCUCAAAAACAACUGAUACCAUAACAUGGUACCAAAGAAAGAUUGGAGCAUAUGAUCAACAGAUCUGGGAAAAGUCCAUCGAGCAAACCGAGAUUAAGGGACUGCGAAGCAAACCAAAGAAGACAGGCCGAAUAAAGUCUGACCUAAUAGAUGUCGACCUUGUAAGAGGAUCGACAUUUGUCAAAGCGAAACCUGAAAGUCCGUGGACGUCUUUAACUCGGAAGGGAAUAGUGCGAGUGUUGUUCUUUCCGUUUUUCUAUCAGUGGUGGAUCCAGGUAACCUCGUUGGGUACCUUCACAUGGCUACUGCUCCUCUACCUCUUGGAAGUGGUGACGGUUGGUCUGUAUUUGCUGAUGCCAGUUUUGUACAUCAGUGAACUUAUUAGUCCCAUAGUUCUGAUGCUGCUGCUGGGGACAGUUCACUGCCAGAUAGUCUCAACCCAGCGACAUUCUGCUUCACCCUCAAAUGGAGGCAGAUGCAGGAGGGCAACACAGACAAGAAACCUGUCGAGGAAAGUUGGACGAUGCACUAUAGGCCCUGGACCUAACUCCGGGAGAGGUUCUGCAAAUCGGUGUUCGGAUGAGAAUUCGAGCGAGGACACAGAGAGCCAGUCGCGAUGGUUGUCACUUCAGCAAAGCGGGGAAAUGACUUUGAACGACUGCACCUUACGGCUUAGAAGACGAACACAGGCCAAAACCCUGGGAGCAGCAGAGGGCGGAGAAAUAAUUCCGAGAUGGGAGAUUCCAAAACGAGACUCUGACAGUUUACUGGACUCUGAAAUUGAAUCUACUGCCCCAAUCCAGGAUGGUUCAAAGUCCUACGUGAACUUAAGCUCCUUGAGUUGCAGUACCCCCCAGCAGGAUUUGGAUAGCAGCCAGCACGGCUCGGAGACCGAGGACAUGCUGUGGGAUGACCUCCUGAAUGGCCCGCGGUGCCAUUCCUCCUACACCAGUGAGAGUGAGUGUGAGGGUGUACAGAGAGUGACUCUGCCCAAGAAAGCAUCUAUGGAAGAGCCAUACCAACAGAACCAUUUGCACUGGCUGUAUAGCACCAGCCCGAGCUCGCAGCGAGUCAGCGCCAUAAUCUGGGAAGGAAACGACUGUAAAAAGUUCGACAUGUCCGUCCUGGAGAUUAGCGGAAUGAUCAUGAAGCGGGCCAGUACCUUUGAGCAGGAUAAUGGUUACCGGAUCCUGGGAUACUUGGUGACUGCCGUCCUCACCCUGCUACCCUUCGCAUUCCGCCUCUUCCAGCAAAAGGACGUGGAGCAGCUGGCCUCGUACUCCAUCACGGAGCUGCUGGCUGUUGCCUGUGGUGCAAAACCUGAUGGGUUGCUCAUCGCCCUGGUGCUCAUUAAUGUUUUGGAACGGUUCUGUCUGAUGUGGAUGGUUUUCUUCAUUCUGUGUGUGGCAGAGAAAACGUACAAACAGCGAUUCCUGUUUGCCAAGCUCUUCAGUCAUCUGACAUCAGCCAGGAAGGCUCGUAAGUCUGAGAUUCCUCAUUUUAGGCUGAAGAAGGUGCAGAAUAUUAAGAUGUGGCUGUCACUGCGUUCUUACCUGAAGAGGCGGGGCCCACAGCGCUCAGUUGACGUCAUUGUUUCAUCGGCGUUCUUACUCACUCUGUCCAUCGCUUUUGUCUGCUGUGCUCAGAUUCUUCACGGCCACAUGAGCUUUUUGGAUUCUCUGUAUAACUGGGAGCUAUUGAUCUGGGGAGCAGCUUUGGCGGUUUUCCUGCUGAGGUUGGUCACACUGGGAUCAGAGGUCAGCAGGAAAUACAAUAAUGUUUCCAUAUUGCUCACAGAACAGAUCAACUUGUAUCUUAAGAUGGAGACAAAACCCAACAAGAAGGAACAGCUCUCUAUUGUUAAUAAUGUACUAAAACUCGCCACAAAGUUGCUGAAGGAGCUGGACUCUCCUUUCAGGGUGUAUGGACUGACAAGGAACCCACUGUUGUACAACAUUACGCGGGUCGUCAUUCUGUCUGCGGUGUCUGGCGUGAUCAGUGAUCUGCUGGGCUUCAAUCUCAGGCUGUGGAAGAUUAAGUGACCUGGGGAUUCGAGUGAAGUUGCAGGACAAUGAGACAUUUGUUUGCUGAAGCAUGAGAGAUGGAGGAGAGAAUCUAUUGGUCUGGCUGGAAUAAGUUUCUCCUGCCAGCUCCUUCUGAUAAUUUAUCUCCCACUUCCUACCUGCUCCAUACAAUUUUUUUAGGGGAGGAGUUGAGGCAGAUCAGCCAUAAUCUUAUUGAAUGGUGGAGCAGGCUCAACGUCGCAAAAUGCACAGCAGGUCAGGCAGCAUCUGUGGAGAGAGGUCUGUGAUUAGGGUGCAGGGCAGGACCGGACCUAUUUACAUUUCUAUCUUUCCUCAGUUCUGAUGCAGGAUCAUUGAUCUGAAAUGUUAACUCUUUCUCUCCACAGAUGAUGCAUAUUUUCUGCUGUAAUUGCCACCACUCUUUCCCCAACUUGUAUCUCCUGUUCUAGGUAGUGGCCUGAGCUGCUUCUGCCUCACCCCCAAGCUGGAACUUGAGGCUGACAGUGUAAAUAUUAAGGACAAGUUGCUGCUAACUGCAUGUUAUUUUAUUAGGAGUUGUAUGAAUCAGUCUUCAAUUUGUUGCACACUGUAAACUGUAUGUUUCUCUCUAAAUAUACUCCAGCAACCACCA